AUGUCUGAUGAAGAAGAAGAGCCGGCAAAGAAGAGAUUGAGGACAAGUAGUCCUAUUCCUGCGGAUCCAUUGAUAUCGGGAAUCAGCCCUCGCGAGGAAUCACGCUAUUCAGGACCUCUUGCGCACACAUCAGCCAAUGUGUCUCCGAUAGGGUCUGAGGGGAGUCUAGGUAUCGGUGUGUCGGACCCAAGUCUCGAUCGGUCGGAUCUGUUCGCAGAUAUGCCGGGAGUGCCAGAAGUGUCGUUCGCCGAAGUGGUGGCCAAUAUGGACAUUGAGGACACGCCUACCAUUCAAUUCACAGAAAUGGAGAACUUCUACAACAAUCUAAAUGUUGGGCACAAUUUAGGUACCGUUAGACUUACAGACAUGAUUGAGGCCUAUCUGAACGAUCCGUCCUAUCUGUUCAUCAGAUCCCUAAACAGCGGUACGUUUGGCGACGUCUAUAAAGCCAUUUAUACGGAACACAUAAACUGGAGACCACAUCAACAAGAAGUGUCGGCCAUCAAAGUGGUGCCGACGACACCCACUACUAAUGCUAUUCAAGAGCGAGAAAUUGUGGACUUCCUGACGGAAGAGGGAUCACAACAUCCAAACAUUAUUGAGUUUUACGACUGCUUUCAGGGACCGAUGACCACAUAUAUAGUGAUGGAAUUCGGACCCAUCGGUGAUCUACACUCUCAGCUCCGGAUCGUCAACAAUGCCCAACAACUCGCUUGGGUUCCUCUCCAGUCGGUGUUCGCUCGUCAUGUCAUACGCGGAGUGGCCGAAGGCGUCCGACACCUCUUCAGCCUCAAUAUCAUUCACGGAGACAUCAAACCGGAGAAUGUAAUGCUUUUCUGGGGUCCGGCGGCGCUUCCAAUCAACGACAGGCGCGUUCAUUGGGUCCCAAAACUCACCGACUUUUCCAACUCAAGAGCUGAUCCAUACGGAGGAGAGAUCCUAGUGAACCGCCCGCUGUGCUCUUUGCAUAUGGCUUCGCCAGAGAGUUAUCAGCAGAUGAUAUACUUUGCCAAACCGGCCGAUGUGUACUCAGUGGGUGCCCUACUAUUGGCAAUGCUUACGGCCAGGUAUUCAUUUGUACCGCCCAUUCCGCCCGGCGUUCAGAUUACUCAACAACAGCUCAUAAUUCUGUCCACUACUAUGAAAAGCGAUAUGAAUUACGUACAUCUCGUGACUAUGGCUUUUCCGCAGCCAUUGCAGGACUCUUUGGUCGGACUCUUGAAUUCGGUUCCCGAUUAUCGGAUGACAAUUUAUGACUUUCUCGCCAGUCCAUGGUUUGCACUGCCGGUCGGCGCUCCAGGAGUUGAGUACAAUCCAGACGAGCCGUGA